GGGCGGGGCGAUGCCAGGCCCCGCCCCCCGCCUCCGCGUUGCCAUGGUGACCCGCCGCCCCUCCCCUCCGUUGCUAGGUGACGGGUGCGCGGCCCGGUGGCCUCAGCCCCUCUCGGGGGACGCAGGAACCGCGGGUCGGGCUCUUCCCCCUCAGCCCCGCGUCCCCAAACCCUGCUCCGUCCCCACCUUGGUGUUUACACACCCUCCGGAUGCUCCGCCUGCCGCCGUGUCAGUCGAGAGCGGCACCCGGGCGGCUUCACCCUCGGGAGAAGCUUCUCAAACUGAGGCGUUUUCUCUCCCUUUGGCUGCCAGCUGGGACAGCGUAGUUCUUCCGGAGGCCGGGGCUGGCAGCUGGUGUGCUGGGCCACAUGCAGGUGGUGGGGGCCGUGCGCCUGGUCCCCAGGGGGGCAGUCUACAGACAGAUCUUUGAGGAUGAGGUUCUCCUCGUACGCUCUUUGAAUGCAGCAAGGAGCAAGGCUGGGUUUCCUACACAGAGCGAAAAACUCUGUCUGCUUAAGGCCUCAGACAUUUCUACUGAUGCCAGGCUGCUACUGUGUUACCAGCAGAAGUGGCUGGAGAAAACACCCUGCAAUGACCCCACAGAAACGCUGUUGCCAAACAGAGAAGCCACAUUUCAAAAGGUUUGGAAAAAUGCAGAAGAAAAAGCAGCUGAGGAAGUUGGAUCCCUACCUGAUGUUGUUGCUCCUGAGGAAACAGGGAGUAACAUCUUGGAGCUGUUGUCAGAACGCCGGCGGGGCCGUCACGAUGAAGCGCUGACCUCCAUGCGUCAGGAGCUUGCCAGUAUUGCCAAGGAAAUGGAGCCCUUUGUUUUGGAACCUGGAAAAUCCCUUCUGGCAAAACGGAUGGAAUCUGAUAGAAAAAUUGAACUUCUGUUUAAAAAGAUUGAGGUUGACACUGCUCUGGAAGGUCUCUCAAUGGAAGGUUUGGAAGAACUGUGGAACAUCAUCCAUCAGGAAUCCUUGACCAGGAAGAAGUGGAUUAGGGAAAUGGAUGAGUCCUUGCAAAAGGCUGAAUGGUGUCGAGCUGAUAAAAUAACAGAUGUACUGAGGAAAUAUACUGUGAAACUGGAGGAAAUUUCCUUCUUCUUGUCAGCUGAUGUUUACAGGCUCAUGAAUAAUGAGGCCAUGAUGAUUAACAGAGCCCUGCUGGCUAAUCAGAGGGCAGUUGCCCAGCUCUUCUCUAACCUAAUGAAGUCAGAGCUGCAGUGGGAAUUAUCACAUCGAUUUAAUUGGCAAGAUAAAGUCAAGGACUGGAAACUCAUCCAAAAGAACCGUGUAGUUCACAGUUUCAGAGAAUUUAUGGCAAAUGAAGACAUACAGAAUCCCCCAGCUGUGAAAACAGAAAUGGACAAUAUGAUAACAGAUCAGUUUUUACUUAGUGGAAGGAGAAUGGAGUUUUUGCAGCGCCUUAGUGAUUUGCUGCCUCCAGGACACACAAAAGCUGAGAUAAAUGAAUGCUACAAUUCUUUGGUGAAUUUAAGCAAAAGUAUAGAUUCCUGCCACAUGCAGCGCAUGACAAAAAUACACAUCCAGUGUGGGAUGACCCAGCAGAAAUGUUUGGCAGAAGUGGAGUUAUGCCAGAAUAAUCUGUUGAAUCUGAGUGUCUGCACAAAAAAUGAGGCUGAAGAAAUUGUGAAUUCUGAGUUACUUCCACUGACAGAGAAACUGAAAAGUCGGUUUGAAGAAGAACUGGAGCAAAUGAGUAGAGACUUUGAAGAGCUGGCUAAAAAGAAUGAGGGGAAUUGCACAGACUUGUACAGCUAUUUACAGGAGGCCAUGGAUCUCUGGGAUGUCCAUCAAACCGAACUGUCCCAGCAGGAAGGUGAAUUUCAGAAGACAUUAAAAGGAUGCAGAUGGAAACAGCUUAAAUCGAUACAGAAGAUGGAAGAUCAACUGGAUGUAAUUCUGGCUCAGCUGAGAACAGCAAGUGCUGAAGACAAGCUGAAGAAAUGUUUUGAGAAUUCCCUUUCUACUUUAAAUGACAUCAGAGCUGGGUAUGAGACACUGCACCAGAUUCUAAUGGAUAAAGUAGCAGCUUACCCAGAAGAUAUUUUGCAGAAAUUGAUUUCUUACAGUAAAUCCAUCAGCCAAUAUUUUAAUGUAAAGGAAAUCUUCACACAGAACUUGCAAGGAGAGAUAGAGUUCACCUUUCAAGACCAAGAAGCAGAAAGUCUGGAGCAGCAAGCUGAGGGCAUCAUGCAAGAAAACAAAGGAGAGGGAAAGAUGAAGAGUUCUAAACAAGCAAAGGGAGAAACAAACACAAAGAAGAAUGAGGCCGAGAUUGCACAGGGAACUAAAGAAACAAAGGAAAAAAAGGAUGGGGAGAGUAUUCCUCAUGGAAGUGAAAAACCCAAGCUUGCAAGACAAGGGGCUGUGGUCAAGAGUAGCAAGGUGAAAAGCUCUGAAAUUGUCCCUGAGACCUUUUCCACUUCUGGUGGGCACACUUACACAGUUCUUGGACUUGAAGAAACAGGAAAGGCUGACAUCCCAAAGACUUUUUUGUCAAAACAUCAACAGAAAGAAUCACUUCCUAGGUACCUGAAACAUGUGGUCAUCGAAGACACCCUGUUUGUAGAGCUGAAGAAACGGAUUCGCCUCUGCUUUUUUGAACACUUGGAGAAAUGGUUUGCAGAGUCCCUGUCCAAGUCCCUUGUUGUUGUAGCUGCCAAGAAAGAGAAGCUGAAUUCAGACCAUGAGCUGCAUCUUCAUGGGCUUCAACAAAGACAGGAGAAUAUAGAGACAAAUAUCUACAACGUUAGAGCUGUGGAACUGUUGCUUCACAAGGAGUGUCUGGAGUGUCAGUCUGCAGAGGUGGCCAAGGCUCUGAAAAAGGAAAAAGCUGAAUUUCAAAAGUUUUGUCAGCAGCAAGAUAACAUCAGCAAAAAGUUACAGUCACACAUCUGUGACAUGGAAUCCGUCUUCCUUAACGCUCCUAUGACUGAGAAGUUAGUUUCUUUCAACAACAAUCUGCACUCAGAGCUACAAAAUCAUCUGGAAAUGAUCCAGGUUUCCCUCAGGAGUUACCGGAACUAUUUGGAAGAAGCUUUAGGAAAAUUAAGGGUUUCAAAUGUGGAUUUUCUCAAAGGUUGCAGGCUGUUUUCAGAGGGAGGAAACUUUUCUCCUGAGGAGGUCAAGUUGUUCAGCAAGCGUCUCCAGGAGGAAAGUAAAUCCAUUGGUGCUUUUGAACGUUCAGUCAAGACAGAUAUGGAGAAAAUGGAAUCAAGAUGCUUGGAGCAGGCUACUGAACUUAUCAACCAGGCUGAAACAAAGUUCCAUCAUCUCUUCAUGAAUCGAGUCUUUAUGGAGAAGAGCCAACGACUUCUGAAAAAUCUGCAAGUGCAAAUCAGAUCAGAGGUAGCAAAAUCCAAUUUGCAGGCAGUGACAUUAAACUCUUGUCUGAAGAAGCUCCAUGAGAAGAUAGAUGCUUGUGCUCAUCCUACUGCAGAUAAAGAAGCUUUGACUGCUGAAGAGUUGUAUGAUUUUGCCAAAGUAGUGUCAAAAGAGCUGAAAAAGAGGAGCCAGUAUCUUGACUGCUUGCUAGUAAAAGAAGUGAGCCCACAUGAUAAUGAGGACUUCACCCCUCUUGAACCAGAUGAGAGGUUACAAAGUCCAAUACCUGUUGCCACUCCAACUAAGCAGCUCAGAGAGGAGAGCAAAGGGCUGGUAAUGGGGCUGGAUCCUGGUAAAUUCCCUUUGAUAAAUCCAAGCAGAACAGGGAAGUCUGCACUUGAUGAUUUAUCAAUACGUGUUAUCCAAAAUCUACUUCAGAUUAAGCCACCCAAAAAGUUUUCAAGCCUAAGUCAAAGGUCUUAUCAUCGACGUUCAUUAGGACCAGCUUUUCCCACAUCAAAGAGGAGUUCUCGGCCAAAAGCAUCUUUUGAAGAUGCUCGGAAGGCUUCUGCAGCUAAGAUCACCAAGAAGUCAUCUCUGAACAAAGAGAUGCCAAAAAGAAGGGUAAAGAAACUGUCCGUAACAGUUGUCAGUGACAAGAGAUUCCAGAUAUUUGAAGAGGAGCCUCCAGAGUCAGAUACUUUCAAAGGGAUUAUUAUGAAUAUUCUCUGGACAGGCAAUAACAGCUUGAUUUCCCUUGCUGAGGAGUUCUACCAAGAAGCAGAGCCUCAAAUCAUGAUGCCUGAAGAUCUGCCAGAGACACUUGACGAUUGUGCAGAACUGCUCAAACAGACUCUGUUGUUGUACCAAAGUCAGACAGAUGAAUACUACAAUUCCUGUCUUACUGAAUUUCAGGAUCAAGUGAAGUUGUUUGAGAAGGAGUUUCCUUCUGUCUCCCAGUUGGCAUUUGAGAGGCUUUUAAAAGAGCACAAGGAGAAGCUCAGCUCUUCCAUCACUCAGAUUCGCAACCGCUUCAAUAAACAGCUGGAGGGCUGGGAGAGUGUGAAGGCUGCACACAAGAAUCAAUUACAUCCCUCUCUGGGACAUCCAGACAACUUACUUCAGCUGGAUGCUUUGUGCCAAGAGGAAAUAAAGAGGCAAAAAGACCAAGCUGAUGGUGUUCAUCUCUACACACAGAUGCUGCAGGACUGUGCUGCUGAGUGUGCUCAGAACUUUGUUUCUGCAUUAGCUGCCUUCACUGAAAACCUGCUUCUGGAACUGGAUGAAAGUGUGACUGUUGAUGAUAUACAACCAGCAAAAACUGACAGACCAAGAGAGAAGGCACCCUCUUUAAUCCACCAGAAAGAAGCUGAACUUCCUCUAGAAGUCUGUGAAGUGAAGGAGUUAUCUGAGCGUGGGAGCAGAACUUGGCCAGGAAUACCCAUGACUACCUCUACAGACAAUUCAGACUAUAUUAUUUGCAAAGAAACUGCAUCAGUUACAACAGCCAAGACCACACUGGGCCACGUAGCAGCAGUAGAAGCAAGAGAUGCUGUAUAUAAGAGAUACAAGUGUGAUCUUGAGCAGCAGUUGGCCCAGAUGCAGGAAGAAAGCAGAGCUCAGCUGCUGACAGUUCAGCGCUGGGAAGGCUGGUGGAAACGAUCCGUCCAGAAGAUCAAGCAACACUACACAUGAGCUCAGUCAGAUCUUGUGGGUGUUCUUCUGAUCACUGUUGGUGUAAACUGACAACUUUGUGUUCAUGUCAGUGAUGUUCUAGAUUGAGCCCAACAGAUCUUGCUGUCUUCUUAAUGAUUUCUGUUGCACUCAACAAGUGCGACGGCGAUCGGAGCUGGUUUUUGCCUCUUGCAAUAAAAAAAUCUGGCAAAUGUGCUGGGAAUGAAA